AUGGGCAAAUUGAACCGCGAUCAUCAAAGUAACAGCUACAAUACUGUACAACAAGGGCACACGAUAUUUGAAGGAGAAGACACCAAAGAGCUGCUGAGUCAUCAUUCUGCCUCUUCUUCUUCGCGUACUACUCAUGCAUCAUCAAAUUAUCAGCAGCAACAGCACCAUGGUGGGCUGCAUAAAAAAAUUAAGCAAUCGAAAAUUGCCAAACAUACCAGCGACUAUCUACAGCGUAAAUUGGCCAACUUGACUCUCAAGCACGUCAAAAAUAGCAGUCCUUCAGAGGAAAUGCCACCGAUCAUUGUGCAUUUUCAUCACAACAACAGCAACAAUUCUAGGACCAGCCGUGAUUCCGACAGUGUCAUGAGCAAUAGCAGUGCUGCAACAACGCUCACAUGGCGAGCCACAUUAGGACCCGAGGAUAACGAGCUCGUGUCUUCGCUUUCUUCUAAACAAAUCCAAUACCAGGAACUUUUACACGAGUUCGUCAUGACCGAAGAGACAUACCUUUCUGAUCUUCAGCUUGUAACACAGGUUUUUGUGACGGACCUACAACCUUCAUGGAACAACCUCCCGGAACCGAUUCAACGAACUUUCGAGAGCUUGCAUGUCAUUAUCGAAUUUCACACUGCGGUAGUGGCUAAUUUGCGCGAGUGUCAGAGUGCGCAGCCGCCACUUAUCGUUGGCGACGUCGUUGAACGAUUCAGAAACUAUGAAAUCUACAAGAUCCCACAUAUCUUUAACGUUUACAAAGAGUAUUUUGCCAACUUUGAAUCUGCCAACGAUUUGAUUGCCAAGUCUUUAUCCAACCCACAAAAUGCUUCCCUUAAAGCGCUCGGUCAGUACGUCCAGGAACGAUGUUUGUAUCCAGAAUGCCGGUCUCUUACAUUACAAUCUUUCCUUUUGAAACCCGUCCAACGUUUGAUGAAAUACCCAUUAUUUUUAAAGAGCCAAAUUGGGUGCUUUGAGGAAAACGACGGGGCAAUCCAUCAACACGUUCAAUGCAUGAGCGAAAUGGAUGCUGCUAUAAGAAGUAUUGAGGAGUAUAAAAUUCAAGCCGAACAGUCAUUGCGGUUAUCAGAUUUAGGAGAACGUAUCCGAAAUCUGAAGGAAAUCGGCAUACAAUUAAAUCAACCACACCGACGGCUCGUGCAUGAAGGGCCACUGAUACUUGUUCCGUCAUUAUCAUCAUCUUCGUCGUCGUCGUCGUCGCCUACUUCAUCCUCAUCGGGGAAAGCGGCGGCGUAUCUUGCUCCGCAGCGUUCGUUUUCCGAAAGUUCCAAGCAAUUGUUUUCGAAACAAAAGAAACAACAUGUUUAUGUGUUUUUAUUCAACGACCUUAUACUCUUUACAAAGAUACGCACAAAGCGAAUAAGCCAAGCCGAAAGCGAACUCAGAACCAACAUGAGCGGAGGAAGGAAGUUAUACGGCCCAGCGCCCGAUGCUUUAUUCAAGCUCGCGACCGUACCUGGACAAAUAACACAUCUCGACCGUAUUGUGCUGCAACAAGAAUCAGCUUCAAGUAAUGGGACGAACAAUCGAUCCGCCUGGUUCGGAAGCUUUUGCCGUAAUGGCACUUCUACGACGGCGACAAGCCGCAGUAAUGGUAGCUCAAUGUUAUCCCGCUCUUAUCACCAGAACUUACCUCAGCAACAAAAUCCAGAGCAGAAUGUAAACCCACUUCAGUUUACUUGCUCGAUUGCAAGCAGAAACAUUGUCAGUAUGCUUCUGGAAGCAAAGACAACAGAGGAAAAGCAAUUAUGGUGCAACAGUAUCGACAGCGUGCGAGAUGAACAUUGUCAACGUAGCGGUACCGGAAAUAGCACAGAAGAUGACAGUACCAGCAGUAAGCAAUACAGCGGAUUUGACAAGAGAAGCGACAAGCCGCAGCGAUCAUUAGCUGCAGAGUCAAAGAACACAACGGUGGAUGCGGCUAAUAGUAAUGGUCAGGCCACGGAAGUGUUCAAUACCAGCUGGUUUUCUGAAAAUAGAUUGCGCAGUUUGAUGGCCGGGCAAUUAUUUGGAAAUGACGACGACGAUGAUGAUGACGACGAAGACAGCGACGAGUUUUCCAGCGUUUAUUCGAGCCUAUUCGAAGAAGGAGGACUUGACAAAAGUCUCCAAUCGUCAAUAUUUAGUACGGAAGCGUUCAGUAUUAGCAGCCAGCCACAACCGAAAAUCGACUGUUGAACAAGCUGGAAAAAGCACUAUAGUUAUUAACUUUCGAAGCUAUCACUGCC